AUGCGUUUGUACACCCACGGGAUGAAGGGUCAGCUUUAUAGGUGCGAAUCCGUGGAACGAGAACACGCAGGCAAAUGGAAGGCUGGGUGGCAACAGCUUCCGGGGCUUCUCGGCUUCAUCCAGAGUACAAGCCGCCCGCAUUGUAGCUCCCGUUGGCGGCGUGGACUGAAAGAUCCGCGAAGAUCCAUCCGCUAUGUUGGAACCGUAAGCACUGUUCGGCGGAGGCUCUUGUUGAGUACCGGUGGGGGCUCAGGUUCCGACGAGCAGGAUCCAGGCCCCGAACCCGAGCAGCAUAAAAAGAACCCGCUCAGGCAAGUUCUUGGCUAUGCGGAUACACGUGUUUUUAAGGAUCCGUCGGGAAAGAAGAUUGUGCACGGUGUUCGCGUACCCGAAACGGGCGAGUUCCUUCGUGUUCGCUAUCCAGCACACGUGGAAAUACCCGCGGUAGGCGAGCGAAUGUUGCUUCUCGGGCGCUUCUCUUCCGAUGAGAACGGCACGGAGAUUUUUGAGGUUCUCGACGUGCGGUUUGUAUCUGACAUGGAGGGCCCGUCGCGCCCCGUUUCGAAUAACCGUCAUGUUUGGGAUUUUCGCCAAAACGGCCACGGCUUGCUUUCCCCGUACGCUCUGGUAGGAAUGGAAAGGAACACGUCUGGCCCCGCCAGCAACGCCGACCAACAGAAAACCUCUAAGACACCUAACCCCGAAACAGCCAGCAAUCCAGAAGGGCCUGCAUCGAAUCCUCCGGAGCGUCCUCGUGACGAAAGCGAGCGCAAGUCCAGCGAGCCGUCAGCAUCUCAGCCGUCCGACAUCGCAGAACGUGUCAGCGCGCAAGCCGUUGAAGCAGAGCGUCCGUCGCAGAGCAGCCUCGUUCUGCAUGGAGACACUGCAGGCAGCUCAUCUGACACCAAAGCAAGCAAUGUAGCAAGUAGCGAGCUCCCGCCAGCGCAAGAAUCCCGGGAAGUCGAGCGUUCGACAAUAGAGGGUACGAUCAAGAGCAUCCUCUACAGGAACGCGCAAAAUGAAUUCGUUGUAUGCGUACUAUCCACCGGUGAGAAAAUUAUUGGAUCUUGCGCAGAGGACGUGGACUUUCUCCUCAAACCGGGCGCACGCGUUCGCCUCCGAGGUGCAUGGGUUACGCAUCCAGUCUAUGGCAAGCAGUUUCAAGCCGGAAAAAUACGUGAGAGUGCGUUCAUCGCCGAAAGCGAGCAAGACCAGGGACGUGUGUCGCUAGUGGCACUCAAAUCGUAUCUGGCAUCCGGUGUUGUGAAAGGCGUGGGCGUUAAGAUGGCCGAACGCAUCAUCAAUCGCUUUGGUGAAAGCACACUCCACGUGCUGGACACUGACCCUGCCAACAUGCUGACACAGGUCGAGGGAAUCGGUCGCGUCCGAGCAGAGCAGAUUGCGACUGCGUGGAGAGCCCAGGCGCCGUUGCGCGCCCUGAUGCUCUUUCUGAGACCGUACGGCAUCGGGCCUGCGAUAUGUAAUCGCAUUGCUCGUGCGUAUGAGGGUGACCCCGAUCCCAUUGGCCGCAUUCGACUGAACCCGUACCGACUUGUGGAGGACGUGCGUGGUGUCGGUUUCAGAACGGCGGACCAGAUCGCUGCAGGCUUAGGUAUAGAUCCCGAGUCACCUGAACGGUACGCAGCUGGCCUCCUUAACGUGCUUCAAACGGCAGAAAACCUUGAGGGCCAUAGUUUUCUCCUGAAGAGCGAUGCUUUUGACCGCGUACUCAGACUUCUUUUUGGAACCAACGCUGCUGCUUCCGAUGAUACGAACCUUGCGGAAAGGCAAGCGCGAUUCUCACAAGCGGUUGAGGACCUGAAACGUCGUCAGGCGCUGGUUGUGAAUAAUAUCGGUGGCGACGAGGAGCCUCACCUGCUGACACCGAGGAUGGACAGAGCUGAGCGUGGGAUCAUAGAGCACUUGAGGCGGCUCUUCUUCCACUCGAGGAAGCCGAUCGACUCCAGCGAAUCCGCACGGCGCGCAGUCGAAGGACACGUCAACCGCGAGCACAUCCUUCGGUGGAUUAACGUGAACUAUCCGACGCUAUCGGCGGCACAGCGCGAAGCGGUCUGUGUUGCCGCCGAGCAGCCUAUCAUGAUUCUCUCAGGUGGACCUGGUGUCGGCAAAACGCAUACCGCUACGGCCAUUGUGCACAUGUGGCGUACGCUGCUCGGAAUUGAGAACGUCCAGCUGACUGCCCCCACGGGCCGAGCUGCGAACCGCCUGGGCACUGCGGCCAAUGUUUGGGGUAACGCGCGCUGUGCCACCAUUCAUCGGUGCCUUGAAUGCGAUAGGCAAGGGAGGUUUCUUCGAAACGAACACAAUCAGCUCAAUACGAAGGCAGUGAUUGUCGAUGAAUGCUCCAUGAUGGAUGCCCUGCUGGCACAUGCGCUCCUCCAGGCGAUUCCGAACGGAGCACGCCUGGUCCUCAUCGGUGACGCAGACCAGCUGCCAAGUGUAGGUCCAGGCCGUGUCUUUGCGGAUCUUUGCGAAAGUAAUGCGUUUCCCACGAUAUACCUUCAGGAAAUCUUUCGACAGGCCCUCAAAUCGAUGAUUGUUCGUGUUGCGCACGAAGCCCGGAACGGCCGCUACCUCUCGAUGCCCCGAGCAAAGACUCCCGCAGAGGCGCUAGAGCUUGGGCGGAAAACCGACCUGGUCUUUCUGGAAGCAGCUGAUCCAGUGAUAGGUCUGCAGUUCCUACUCGAGCUGUGCUGUGGUCGAGAUAACGAGCCAGAGGGCGAACGCAAGCCCGUGCUCCCCUUUGACCCGCUCAAGGAGAUCCAGGUCCUGUCGCCCGGACACCGUGGCGUCAUAGGCGUGCGUAACCUGAACCUUGAACUGCAGAAACGCCUGAAUCCCACUCGACUGCCGCUCUCAAAGCAAGCACGGACGUCGGAAGUGUUUCUCCGCAUCGGUGAUCGGGUCGUGCAAAAUAUGAACAACUACGACAAGGGCGUUUUUAACGGAGAGGUCGGCACUGUGAUGCACGUCCCCGACCUCGACGCGAUCGACAGCGACAACGAUCAGAGUAGCCAGCUUCUGGUGGAAUUUCAGAACCACGACGACUGGGUCGCCUACGACUAUCCCAUGGAAGCCGCCGAUCAGCUGCAGCUCGCCUGGGCCAUGUCCGUGCAUAAGGCCCAAGGCGGCGGCUACCCGUGCGUUGUGAUACCCAUCUUUAUGACACAUUCGGCCCUGUUGACUCGGAACCUCUUCUACACGGCUAUCACGCGAGCUCAAGAGUUAUGUGUGGUUAUCGGGAACCUGACGGCCAUUCGGAUGGCAAUUCGUAAUGAAAUCACUACAAAGCGCAACACGAGCCUCCUGCAACGCCUUGAUGAACUGGAACUCGACGCGAAAUAG